AUGGCCAACUUCGAAGCCGUGCUUUUCGGUCUCUUCCUUUUAGUCGCCCAGGCUAUUGCCGCCAAACCUGGCCACAAGCCCCUUGUCUACUCGGGAAAAUAUACCGGGAGCGUACUUGCCAAAACCUCCCGCACGCAAGACCUCAAGGAGGUGCCAAAACACAAGGCCAACCAGGUGCUGGCGAAUAUGAAGAAAUGGUCCGGCGGCCAGUUCAAGGCUUCUCCCGGCCGCAACGGCAAAGUCGUGGUCAGCAACAAGAAACCUGCCAAGAGCAAGGGAGCGGCGAGCGGUCAGGUGCAGAAGAUGAAGUCCAUUGUUAACAAAAACUAUGACCCAAACCGGAACUCCAAGACAGACAAGGUCAAGGUGGGGGUCAGCAAGGCGAAGGCCAAGGUCAAGGGCGCGGUCCACUCCAUCAAGAAUGUCUUUAAGGGCAAGAAGAAGCCUCGAAGUCUACGCCGCCGCAACCUGAGAAGAAGCAACCAGAGGCAGUACUAA